CACCGGGCCAUCUGGCUCGACAGCGGGCAUCGGGUCACCAGGUACAACAGCGGGCACCGGGUCAUCAGACAUUGGAUCGUCUUGCUCGACCGCGGGCACCAGGUCAUCUGGCUAAACAGCGGGCACCGAGUCAUCUGGCAAGGCAUCAACUGGCACGACAGCGGGCAUCGGGUCACCAGGUAUGACAGCGGGUACUGGGUCAUCAGGCAUUGGAUCGUCUAGCUCGACAGCGGGCAUCGAGUCAUCAGGCACGACAGUGGGCAUCGGGUCACCGGGCAUGACAGCGGGCACUGGGUCAUCAGGCAUUGGAUCGU